AUGCUAACGUGUCGCUCAGUCCCGUUUACGGGCAGCAAACCUGGGCUGGAGGUGCAGGAGGGUCACCAAGCACUGGACUCCAGAAAGGACACUGGAAAGACACCAAAGGCUCUUCUACAGAUACUGAUCAGAAAGAUGACCAGAGCUCCACUGAGGCCACUUCAGCAUCUCCCUGCAGCCCUGGUGGUGCUGCUGUUUUUCGGAGGUUUACUUCUGGUGUACUUCACUCCGAGACUGAGCUGGACAGCUCAUAGUGCAGCGCCGACAGAUGAUGUCCAGUCUAAAAACCCCAGACAGUCUGCAAACACCAGCUACUCUGCUAGCAACACCUGGACAAACGGGAGUACUGGAAGAACCCAAGCUGUAACAUCAGCAUACGUGGAUAGUGCAAAUAGAAAAGAUGAGCUGGCCACCGUCGUGCUAAUCUGGACGUGGCCUUUUGGACGCCAGUUUGACCUGAGAUCUUGCAGCUCACUGUACAACAUUACAGGCUGCAGGUUAACAUCAGACAGAAGCCAGUACCCUAAAGCCCACGGUGUGAUGUUCCACCACAGAGAAAUAUGCCAUAACUUACCAAGCCUUCUGACAAUACCGCGGUCUCCGUUGCAGAAAUGGGUGUGGAUGAACAUGGAGUCUCCAGCCAACUCACCAAGGCUUCCUGGUCCAGCCAGUCUGUUCAACCUAACAGCAAACUAUCGCAGGGAUUCAGAUGUUUGGGUGCCAUACGGGCGGGUUGUAGAGGCGUCCAACGAUGACAAAGCCUUCAAAAUACCAAACAAGGAUAAACUAGUCUGCUGGAUUGUCAACAACUGGAACGACAGCUUCUGGCGAGUGAAAUACUUCAACCAACUAAGCAACCACAUCAAAGUGGACACCUUUGGUGGACACUUCGGCAGAUAUCUCAGCUAUCGGGAUUAUUUUAAGACAAUGUCCAGCUGCAAGUUCUACCUGUCAUUUGAGAACUCCAUCCAUAAAGACUACAUCACGGAAAAGCUCUUCAACCCAAUGAUAUCCGGCACCGUUCCCGUGGUUCUUGGUCCACCCAGGGCCAACUAUGAGGAGUUCAUACCUGCAGAUUCCUUCAUUCAUGUGAAUGAUUUCAAAACACCACAAGAACUGGCAGAACAUCUCACAUAUCUGGACCAGAACCAGGAGAUGUAUGAGCAGUACUUCACCUGGAGGAAGCACUUCGUUGCUCGGCGUUCUGACUUUGGUGUAGAGCAUGCUUGCCGCAUUUGUGACCAUAUAAAACAACACAAGGGCUACAGAGUGUUUAAACAUCUAAAUACAUGGUACUGGGGCUAG